UUCGUUGGUGGAUCAUUUCAGAAACAUUAAGAUAUUCCUUAUGUGCCUUGUUCUUUUAAAUGCUUUCAGUACUUUGAGUCUGCUCCUGUUGCCUCCUAUUGGCGAAAAGACGCAAGGAAACAUAAAUAUAAGGCUUAAAUUAGCGAACAGAUCACAAGCCAUUUCUAUUCCUCUGUCACUUUCAAUGCAGGAUGAAUGUGUCAGAGAAAUGACGAGACAUUCGGAAAUAAACUGCUCUGCUCUGCAGUCGGAAAGCCCUUCCCAAAAUGGGACUACUGAUGAAAUUGUAAAAGAAAUUCAGGUGGAUCAUUUUCAGGAUAUAGAUUUUCGAAUGCUAAGGCUUAUACAUUUGAACAAUAGUAAUAACAUUAACAUUACUUUUUCCAUGCAUUUGCCUUCAAGAGCGAUAGAUAGUUCAAACUUCUCAAAUAUAAAUCAGACUCAUAUUCUACAUUUUAAAUGUGAACCGCACCUACAUCUUUGUACCUUUCAAGCCAACACUUCAAUAAAUGAAUAUAAGACCUAUCAGUUUUGGGCCUUUGCAUGUUUAGUCAUAAUAGCAGGAUUAGCUUCUGGCAAUAUAAAUUCCUUAUCGGACGUGGUAUGCUAUGAAAUUUUAGACGAACAGAGACAUCUGUACGGACGCCAGCGACUCUUUGGAACUAUCGGAUGGGCCCUAUCUUGUCUCGUAAGUGGUUAUUUAAGUGACCUUGCAACUGGAAACAGCCCAAGAAAAGAUUAUUCUCCAGGAUUCUAUGUCAUGAUAUGUCUGAUGCUGUUAGACACGUUCAUCAUCAGCAAAUUACCAUUAAAUAAAGAAUUGAAGUUGUCCACCAACAUAUACCGAGACGUGAAGAAAGUAUUCCAUUCCAGUGAAGUAAUACUUUUCGCCAUCGGUUCAGUGAUGAUGGGAGCUUUUACAGCUGCCAUCGCCUAUUACGAACUGUGGUAUCUGCAAGACCUAGGGGCCAGCCAGAGUCUCUUGGGAUGGACAAUUAUUGUUCAGUGCUUAAUAGCUGAAACGCCAUUCUUUGUAAUCUCUGGCUGGUUCGUCAAGAAAUUCGGAUCCUUCAACUGUCUGAUUGGGUCGUUCGCUGCUUAUGCCCUUCGCUUCGGAUGCUAUUCAAUCAUCACAAAUCCAUGGUGGGCGUUGCUUGUUGACCUCACUCACGGGUUCACUUUCGCCAUGUUCCAUGCAGCAAUGACGCAUUUCGUCUCCGUGAAUGCCCCUGAAGGAAUUGAAGGCACAAUGUUCGGCAUUUUUGGAGGGCUCAUUGAUGGAAUGGGUCAAGCUUCCGGUAGUCUUCUAUGCGGAGCGGGGUUCGACAAAUUUGGUGGACGUUUCACAUUCACGAUCGCAAGCAUUUUCAGUGGAUCAUGCGCAGUCGUGUUUCUAAUAUUUUCAAGAUGUUUAGCGAAGUUUCCUAAAAGAACUGUGAAAGAGAACAUUUUCCUCGAAAAGCAGAGUUCAUGAACUCCAGAUUAAAAAGUUCAGAAAACUUGUAAGAGAUACACACUUAGGAAAUUUAUUUAAAGAAUUGCGUACGAAUUACACUAAUUCAUAUUUGGAAAAUUCAAACUAAAAUAUUUGUGAUAUA